AUAUUCAAAAAAACAAUUGAAUUAAUUAAAAAGAAAAAAGAAAAAAGAAAUUAUGAGAGCCCACUAUUCCGAAAACGAUUUUAGAUAAAUCCCUGUCCCCUCCCAAACCACAAUCUCUCAUUCUCUCUCUCUCUAUAUUUCUCUCUCAGCAGUGUGUGUGUUCUUUCGCUGUCUGGCUUCUCCUCUGUGAUACAUUUUCCUGAAUCAGUUUGGUGGGGCUGGUCACCUUCUUUUCUCACGAUAAAACCACCCAUUAAUUCAAACAAACCAAAAACACCAGUUUCGAUCAAGAGAUGAAGACGAUCAGCCGAAGCCCGCACGACUCCUUCUCCUUCUCCCGCAGAUACUUCAAUUGGAAGAAGAAGAGCGCCGAAGACGAAGAAGACGACGACAUGGCCGAAAUCCUCAACCUCCACGACCACAAGGAGGACCUCAGCUUCCACCUCCACCGCUCGCGUUCCGCCAAGGCGGCGCCGCCGCAGCGGAAGAAGCGCUCCGUGAUGGCGGUGGCCAAGCUGCGGUGGGCGCGGGCCAUGGGCCGGGCCGGGCCGGGCCUGGGGACAAAAGUGGUGGGCACCCUCUUCGGGCACCGGCGCGGGCACGUGUGCUUCGCCUUCCAAGAGGAUUUCAAGCUGGGGCCGGGCUUCCUGGUGGAGCUGGCGACGCCGACGAGCGUGCUGGUGAAGGAGAUGGCGUCCGGGCUGGUGAGGAUCGCGCUCGAGUGCGAGAAGCGGGCCGAGAAGAAGGGGGCGAAGCUUCUAGAGGAGCCCGUUUGGAGGACUUACUGCAACGGGAAGAAGUGCGGGUACGCCAUGAGGAGGGAUUGCGGGCCCCACGAGUGGAAUGUGCUCAACGCUAUCGGGCCCAUCUCCAUGGGGGCCGGGGUGCUGCCCGGCCCGGCCUGCGGGGCUGAGCCCGAUGGGGAGAUGAUGUACAUGCGGGCCAGGUUUGAGAGAGUUGUGGGCAGCAAGGAUUCCGAGGCCUUCUACAUGAUGAAUCCCGAUGGGAAUGGAGGGCCCGAACUCAGCAUCUAUUUGCUUAGAGUUUGAUUUUUCUUUUUUAAUGUUUUAUUUUACUGCACUUUUAAAUUAUUACUAAUGUUUAGGCUUUUGUGGGGUUUUAUUUUGCGGUUUUUUAUAUUGGGGAAAUUUUAGUGGGAUAGUGAAGAUGGUUGGUGGGAUAUAUGAUGGUAUAUCUGUGUAUAGGUGGUACUGGUAAUUACUCUGUUUUUCCCUUAUCAAUGAAAGCUGGAGGCAAAUGCAUUUA